UUUUCGGAUGGGUUUGGGGUUGGGUUAAUUGGUUGUGUACCAUCCCAAAUAUCGAAGAUGGGACUUCUACCAUUACAAUUCAACUAAUUGCAAUCGUACCAUUAUAACUCCUAAAUACACCGAUUCCUGCCAUUUUGUACACCUCCGACGCCCCUGGGCCCACCUGCAGGCCGUUGUAUAUCUGUAUUUCCCUCCCUGCCCCUGGUCGGUCGCAUACAAGGCUGAGCCAUCGCUCCCCACUCGCGUCGCGCCCGCCAUUCGCCCCUGUCCUUCCUCUCUUCGUCUCGUCUUCCCCACGAACCCUAGUUCAGGCCAGAUCGACGGCGGCGGCGGCGGACCGAUGCGCGUGGCCAUGUUCAGGCCUGAUGGUAGUCCGAUGCGGUUCGAAGCCUCGUCCGCUAGCAGGAGCAGGGGCAGGAUUUCGGCCUACGAAGGUGAGUCUCUUCUGUUGAUCGAUUGCCCGCAAUGCAAGAUUCCUGUGGUCAAGCUGCGAAGCAAGAAACAGGAAUCUUACGGGAUGGUCUUCUACAAGUGCCCAAACAACUUUCCGGAUGAUGACACUUGUGGCUACUACUGGUGGGAAGGUGCCUAUGUCAAGUAUUUGCGGACGAGGAGAAUGAAGGAUCUUGAAAUGGCCGAAGAACAUGAAAUUGGAGAGCAGAAGUUGAUGGAGAUGAGACAGCAGCUUUGUGAACUGAAGAAUCAGAUGGAGGAGCUGAAGCAAAUGUGCCAGGGAAAAUCCUUUGUAGUGAGCAAUGCAAUCUUAGCAUCUGUAUGUGUGGGUGUUGUAUUUGGCCUAAUUUUGGGUAAGGUUUGGAAGUGAAACUUGAAUGUUGUUGCAAGUGAAACCUAAAUGUUGAUUCCAUGAA